GGACGGAUAUGGGAGACUUAAAACCGGAUGACGAAUUGGACUGGGUGGAAAUACGUGAAGAUCUAAAUAGAUCUUAUGUUACCGAGACAUUUUUUCAGAAGGCGAAACGUAAAACGCUAGAGAAUCCACUGGUACCGAUAGGAGCAUUCGGAACUGUUGCAGCCCUAAGUAUUGGACUCUUCAACUUUUCUAAGGGAAGGCAACAAAUGCAACAGUACAUGAUGCGUGCUCGUGUUGGUGCUCAAGCAUUUACUAUCAUUUGCAUGGUCGUAGGAAUACUCCUGCUGCCCAAGUCAAAAUCAAAUUGAUAUGUUGAUUUACGAAUCAACACC